AUGGCCGACAUGGAACCCGGCGGCGGCAGCGGCGGCGGCGGCUCUCGCUACCUCCACCACCUGCUCCGCCCACCGCAGGCCCCGCCGCCGCAGGGAUCGCCGACGCAGUCCCCGGAAAAUAACCUGAAGCCGCAGGAGGAGGAGGAGCAAGAAGGCGACGACAACCCUACAACCUCCGCCACGCCCACCAGGAGACCACGCGGGCGGCCACCGGGGUCAAAGAAUAAGCCGAAGCCCCCCAUCAUCGUCACCCGCGACAGCCCCAACUCGCUCCGUUCCCACGUCUUGGAGGUCAACAGCGGCGCCGACGUGGUGGAAUGCGUGACGGAGUACGCGCGGCGGCGGGGGCGGGGAGUUUGCGUGCUCAGCGGCAACGGCACCGUCGCGAACGUGUCCAUCAGGCAGCCCGGCGCAGCGCCGCCGGGAUCCCUUGUGGCCACUCUCAGGGGGAGGUUCGAGAUUCUGUCACUGACCGGCACCGUGCUGCCGCCUCCUGCGCCGCCGGGGGCGAGCGGAAUCACGGUCUUUCUCGCCGGAGGGCAGGGCCAGGUCGUCGGAGGAAGCGUAGUGGGUCCUCUGAUGGCAGCGGGGCCGGUGAUCCUCAUGGCGGCUUCCUUUGCCAACGCGGUGUACGAGCGGCUUCCGCUGGAGGGCGAGGAGGAGGCGGUGGGAGGGCAGGUGCAGCAGCAGCCUGCAGCAUCUCAGUCUUCGGGAGUCACGGGAGGGGAGGGUGGCGGUGGAGGCGGCGGCAGUGGCGGCGGCGGGGUCUCCUUCUUCAACCUCGGAAUGAACGCGCCUGCUUAUCCAUUCCCCGGGGACCCUUUCGGGUGGGGCGGCGGCGCCUCUCGGCCACCCUACUAG